AUGGUUGUUGGUGAUGCAGAAAUGAUGACAGAAGUAGCCGCAAAUAAUGAAGUAGACACUGAUCAAGACCGUGACGUCGAGCUUUCACCUGGAGGGGUCCUGGAUGAAGAAACCAUCACACGCGGCUUGUCAAACCUUGGGAGGUCCGCCAACGGCUGCCAUCAGGUCUAUUUAAAUCUUGCAAUACCUGGGUUUUCCCUGACAGAUAUCAGCUUGCUGUCAGAGUAUCAACAUCUGCAGAAAGUGGAGAUCCCAUACAAUGAUAUUACAGAUCUCUCUGCACUGGGAAAUCUCAAGUAUUUGCUUUUUCUGGAUGCCUCCCAUAACAGAAUUGAGCAUCUCCUGGAUUUUGACCCACCAUUCAAUUUGCAGGAAGUCGACAUGUCUUGGAAUAAUAUAAAGCAAAUGUGUGAUCUUUCUGAACAUCCAUUUCUCAAGAAACUCAUUCUUGAUAAUAACAACAUCACAACAAUUCAAGGACUGGAAAAAUGUAAACAGCUAAAACAUUUGAGUCUUGCACACAAUAAAAUCAGAACCAUCACAGGACUUGAUCAUCUACCGAUUCAGCAUCUAAAUCUAAGCAACAAUAACAUACUGUUUAUAGAUAAUUUUGACAGUCUGAAGCAUCUGAAGGAAUUAAAUUUAUCUAGAAACUGCAUCAGAAGUUUGUCUGGAUUGGAAAAUAACACUUUGCUGGAAGCUGUUGAUCUAGAAUCAAAUGAGGUAAUUGACAUCCUUGAAGUCAAGUAUUUGAGGAAUGCCAAGAACUUACGAGAGCUGAGCCUGCUCCGAAACCCUAUCCAAGAGCUACCUGAUUACAGAUUGUGUAUUUUAUACAAAAUUAGCCGAUUAGUCAUUCUGGACAGACACCCAAUUAAGGAACAGGAAAAGGUGUUGGCUCUCAACAUGUUUAAUCCUCCAAUGGGAGUGGUUGCAGCCCGAGAUCAUAUCACCAAUGUGGUGUAUUCAUUCCUUCAGCCAGCCAAAGUCUGGGACAGCACAUUGCCCAACAUCGGGACCCCAUACCCUAUGCUGGUAUUAGUAGGGCCUCAAGGUUCCGGGAAAAGAUAUUUGGCUACAAAAUUGGUCAAAGAGUUCAGUGAAUAUUUUGGAUAUGGAAUCUCUCACACAACACGACACCCUCAUUUGGAGGAAUCAGCAGGAAAAGAUUACUUUUUUGUAUCAGUGGAGAAGUUUGAAAAAGAUGUUAGAAAGGGUGCGUUUUUACAAACCUGCUUGUACAAUGGCAACUGGUAUGGACUUCAGAUGGGCUCAGUUGAAAGGGUUGCAAAAGAAGGCUUGGCAUGUGUUGUUCACAUGGAGCUUGAGGGUGUGCUUUCGCUAAAGAAAACAUACUUUGAACCACGCUAUGUUCUGGUGCUGCCAUUGGACAGUCAGCUGCAUGAGAAGAGGCUGAGAGCCAGGCACUGUACCGACCAGCAGAUUCCCAUGAUCCUGCAGAGAACUGACAUGUACAUUCAGCAGAAUCAGGACCACCCUGGCUUCUUUGAUAUGAUGAUCUGCAGUGAUGAUAUUGGGGAGGCAUAUGCACAACUUCGUAAACUGGUAAUGGACUAUCUAGGUAUUGGUUCACUUUCAUCAAGUGACAGUUCAACUUUCUCCAGUGUGUCAUACAGUCGUGGAACGGCAGAUCAAAUACCAGUGAUCACUACUAGAACAAUGUCCAAUGUUGUCAGAGCCAGCACUUGGUCCAGAACCAGUGAUAAUUUUUCACAGCCGCGUGGUCCUAGAUUAGGAUCACUGAUACAGUCACGAGGCACAGUUGAAGAAGAGUCUGUCAAGCGACGGUAUAGUGUGGCUAAAGAUGUCAUCACUGGUAACAUACAACCACCCGCAAAACAAUGGUGGAUAAAGUAUCCUACAUCUGUUUCUGUAUCUGAAGACAGUCAGUCUAUGCUCAAAGAAAUGAGGGAGAAAAGGGCACAAUCUGCUCCAACCAUUCUGAAUGAAUUUGGGACUGUGAAUGGUGAAGACAAAUUUGCAACCUCAUCAGAUUCUUCCAGUGAUACACCUUCAGAAUCGUAUCUCUCUGACCUAGAUUCUGCUCCAGGACUGCACAAAGAUGAUGAUCACAAAUCUAAUAUAAAUGCAAACUUCAUGGGUCAUCUACCCACUGAAAAGAUUGACCCUUUGUCCUUCAUAGAUAAGCAUAACUAUCGAUCAGCCUCAGCAACGCACCUACCAGAUGCCUUCACUCAAUCGUUUUCCCGACCAGGCUCUAAAUGCAUAGUUUCUCGACCUGGUUCAGACAGAAAUACAGUGCUGCCACCUAUCCAGAAUAUGACUGCAUAA